AGGGUGGGAAUGGAGAGAUGAGUUAAGCAAAGAAAAAAGAGAAAUGGAGGAGACAAGCAGUCUCGCCAAAUGGAGAAAGGGAGGGAUCAGAACAAUGCCCUUCAUCUUCUCUAAUGAAAUUUGUGAGAAGUUGGCUGUGGUCGGCUUUGCUGCCAAUAUGAUUAGCUACUUGACACAACAGCUACACAUGCCUCUGACCAAGGCAGCCAACACUCUCACCAACUUUGGGGGAACUGCAAGCUUGACACCCUUGCUCGGAGCCUUCAUCGCAGAUUCAUUCGCCGGCCGCUUUUGGACGAUAACGGUGGCGUCUAUUAUAUACCAAAUAGGAAUGACAAGCUUGACUGUAUCAGCAAUCCUUCCACAGCUAAGGCCACCGCCAUGCAAAGGGAACGAGGUGUGCGAGGAGGCUGACGCCGGCCAGCUAGCCAUCCUCUAUGUGUCUCUCUUACUGACGGCAAUCGGCUCCGGCGGAAUUCGUCCCUGCGUGGUGGCAUUUGGUGCAGACCAAUUCGAUGAGACGGAUCCCAAGCAAAAGACUAGCACAUGGAAGUUCUUCAACUGGUACUACUUCUGCAUGGGCGUCUCCAUCCUUGUGGCGGUGACAGUGAUUGUGUACAUUCAAGAUAAUAUCGGGUGGGGAUGGGGGUUUGGAAUCCCGACUAUCGCCAUGUUUCUGUCCAUUAUCACGUUCAUCGUUGGCUAUCCUCUCUAUCGGAACUUGGAUCCCGCCGGGAGUCCCUUCACCCGCUUGGUGCAGGUAGUUGUAGCAGCCUUUAGGAAAAGAAAGCUGCAAAAGGUUUCUGAUCCCGCAUUGCUCUACCAGAACGAGGAGCUAGAUGCCUCCAUUUCUGCUACUGGGAAGCUUCUCCACAGUAAACAAUUCACGUUCCUAGACAAGGCCGCAAUCGUGACGGAAGAAGAUAAUGUCAAAGCUUCAUCAACACCCAACCUGUGGAGGCUAAGUACAGUCCACCGGGUUGAAGAGUUGAAAUCACUGAUUCGAAUGGGACCAAUAUGGGCGGCUGGGAUCCUGCUCAUCACAGCUUACGCACAGCAAAACACGUUCUCCCUACAGCAAGCUCGAACCAUGGAUCGGCACAUCGUCCGUUCCUUCCAAAUUCCCCCAGGCUCCAUGUCCGUCUUUACCAUUGUCUCCAUGCUCACAACAAUCAGCAUCUACGAUCGCGUACUCGUCCCUAUUGCUCGUCGAUUCACCGGCCUUGACAGGGGCAUCUCCUUCCUACAGCGCAUGGGCAUCGGUUUCAUCAUCUCACUGUUAGCCACCCUUGUUGCUGGGUUCGUUGAGAUCAAACGCAAACACGUUGCUUCAGUGCAUGGCCUCAUGGACAACCCGCAUUCCACCAUUCCCAUUACAGUCUGUUGGCUCAUCCCACAGUAUAGCCUCCAUGGGAUAGCUGAAGCCUUCAUGUCUAUCGGGCACCUCGAGUUCUUCUAUGAUCAGGCACCAGAGAGCAUGAGGAGCACAGCCACGGCUCUCUUUUGGACGUCCAUAUCGGCAGGGAAUUACAUCAGUACGCUGCUGGUCACAGUCGUGCACAAGUUCAGUGCAGGCCCAGGGGGAUCAAACUGGCUUCCAGACAAAAACAUCAACAGAGGAAAACUGGAGUAUUUCUACUGGUUGAUCACAGUCUUGCAGGCUUUGAAUCUGGUGUACUACUUGUUAUGUGCAAAGUUAUAUACAUUCAAGCCAAUCCAGCUCCGUCGAAAAGAGGAUGAGUCUCAAGGGGGAGUCGAACUCGCCGGUGGGGUGUAGUUGAUUGAUUGUCUUAUAAAGAUGGAAUUAGGUUGAGAUCUUGGGCUGUAAAUGAAUCUAUGCAGUCAAGAAUGUCAGCGUGGUUUAUAGGUGUAAAUGCAAUAUGUGAGCAAUUAAAGUUUGAGAGAAUUUACCAAGUGACUAACGAGACAGCCCUUUUAUAUCGCAA